CGCCGGUGUCCGGUGUCAGACUGUCAGCAGCUGUUGAGACCAUGAACGGUAGGACCGAAGCGACACGUUAAACACACCCAGAAUAAACGAGCGGACCCGGUCCAGAGCCGCUACAGAACCGUUACAGACCGGACCGGACCGCGGAGACGAGCCGCCGUUGUGUCUGUGGAGCUGCCGCCGGAGCUAACAGGCUAACAGGCUAACUGACAGCAGACCGUCAGCUGUUAUCUAACGGGGCUAACCGGGCUAACUGACAGGCCACGGGCUCAUGCUCACCACGCUGCACCGCACCGACCCGUUCUGACCCGGGAUACGUAGGGGACCGUCGGAACCGCUCUCAGCCGGACUGUCUCCGGGUUGCACCGCCCGUCUGCGGCGGAGUUCAACCGGACAGCGGCGGCUAACCUGCUAGCUGCACAAAAUCCGUUACUUAUCCCGGCUGGAAUAGACCGCAUCGGCUCGGUUCGGUUCGAGGACUGGGAGUCAGGAUGUUGAUAGCAGCGGUUGGUGCCGGUCCUGGGAACCCGGCCGGACCCAAUAAGAAGAACCGUAGGAGAGGCAAGAAGCACCGAAGAGUCAAAGCAGAAGAGAACCGGUCUGAGGACAUCUGUGAACUUCAGAGUCUGAACGCUGACAGCAGCCACCUGCAGACGCCUCCUCAGACCGCCCCCCCCAGGCUGACCCCCGACAACUCACCACAAGCAUCGCCCACAAAAACUUCAACACAGCCACAAGAUCCACAUGAAAGCACGAUGCCCGGACACAGCCCCCCUCGCUCCCCUACGUUACCAACCAAAACGCCCGCACAGACCGCCCCCCAGCCUCCCUCACCCUCUCCCCCCCCUGAGCACGUCGCCGCCACCACCACCACCUCCGACCAGACCUCCAGCCCCCGCCACCACACGGUAAAAACCCCAUCACCACCUCCUGAAAACGGGCCCCAAACUCCCCCCUUGACGGCGACUCGUCAGGUUUUCAGCCAGUCGCCUCUUAACGAUUCUCAAAGCCCCGCCCACAGCCAGUCACCGCCGAAUGGCAACCAAAAUAUUUCCCAGAAUCCCUCGAGGUUCCCCCACAGAACUCUUGAAAACGCCAUCCUGCGUCUUUCCCAUCAUGAAUCAGAUCCUUCCAAGUCUCCACACAGUUUCAGCCACAGUGCCUCCGAGUCGCCGUCAUUCUUUGCCCAUCAUCCUGCCAAAGCCCCACCCACUCCCCCUUUAAGCCCCUCCCACCCGGAUCCUUUCUUGUUGAACUCCGUGACGUUCACCUCCAGUGUCUCCUCCCACCUCUACUCCCCUCUCUGCUCUUCCUCUGCCUCCUCAUUCCUCCACUCCUUCGACUCGCUUCCCCCUUCCAUCGGUUUGCCUCCCAUGAUGUCAUUGGCCGCCCCUCAGCUGACCACACCCCCUCCCACCCUCAGCCCGCCCCCUCCGGACUUUACCCCACCCCCCGCUCAGCUGCUUGGCUCAGAUGAUGAAGAGCAGGAGGACCCGUCGGAUUAUUGUAAAGGUGGUUACUACCCCGUGAAGAUAGGUGACUUAUUUAACGGCAGGUACCACGUGGUCAGGAAACUCGGAUGGGGACAUUUUUCUACAGUUUGGCUCUGCUGGGAUUUACAGAAGAAGCGUUUUGUUGCACUGAAGGUGGUGAAGAGCGCUCCACAUUACACCGAGACGGCACUGGAUGAGAUAAAGCUGCUGAGAUGUGUGAGGGACAGUGACCCCUCCGAUCCACACAGGGAAACCAUCGUCCAGCUGAUCGACGACUUCAAGAUCUCUGGAGUCAACGGAGUUCAUGUCUGUAUGGUGUUGGAGGUUCUGGGUCAUCAGCUGUUAAAAUGGAUCAUCAAGUCCAACUAUAUGGGACUUCCUCUGGUGUGUGUGAAGGCCAUCAUCAGACAGGUGCUGCAGGGUCUGGACUACCUCCACACCAAAUGUAAAAUCAUCCACACGGACAUUAAACCUGAGAACAUCCUAUUGGACGCGGACGACGUUUACGUCAGGAGGUUGGCGGCCGAGGCCACCGUCUGGCAGAGAGCCGGAGCCCCGCCCCCUUCUGGUUCCUCAGUUAGCACGGCUCCCAGGGACGUCCAGGCUGGUAAACUGUCAAAAAACAAGAGGAAGAAGAUGAAGAGAAAAGCAAAACGACAGCAAAGGCUUUUAGAAGAAAGACUGGUGGACAUUCAGAGGAUGGAGGAGGAGGACGGCCCAACGAAUCCAGACGACCUUGACACAAACCCCUCCCACGUCGUCAACGGCAACAAUUCCAAGGCCAGCCCGGAGUCCACCUCGUCCUGGUUGGAGGACAGGUGUAACGGCCACGCCCCCGGACGCUUCUCUAGCCCCGCCUCCGGCCUGUCGGGAUUUUCCAGCUCCGUGAUGUCAGCGACGUCCGAGUCAGCACUUUCUACACAGUCGGGAUAUUCGAGCAGUCGAGACGUGUUCUGUGCGUCAGACUUCGUCCUCAGUCCUCUGGAUCCUCAAAACGCAGACAAACUCAAAGUGAAGAUAGCGGAUUUAGGCAAUGCAUGCUGGGUGCACAAACACUUCACGGAGGACAUCCAGACCCGACAGUACCGAGCCGUGGAGGUUCUGAUCGGAGCCGAGUACGGACCACCGGCCGACAUCUGGAGCACCGCCUGCAUGGCCUUCGAGCUGGCGACGGGGGAUUAUCUGUUUGAGCCUCAUUCAGGUGAAGAUUACACCAGAGACGAAGAUCACCUGGCUCACAUCAUGGAGCUGCUGGGUCCCAUUCCUCUGCCCUUCGCUCUGUCUGGCAGGUACUCCAGAGAAUACUUCACCAGGAGAGGCGAUCUGCGUCACAUCUCGUCCCUGAAGCCGUGGGGUCUGUUCGAGGUCCUGUUGGAGAAAUACGAGUGGCCGUUGGACCAGGCCGCCCAGUUCAGUGACUUCCUGUUAACCAUGUUGGAGCUGCAGCCGGAUCGAAGAGCGACAGCCGCACAGUGUCUGCAACACAGCUGGCUGCAGCCCUGACACACACACACACACACGCACACACACACGCACACACACACACACCGGUUGAGGGGUGUUAGGAGUGGAUCUCACACCAUCUGUCCUCUGCUUCUGUUCGUCUCCUCUGUUCUGCUUUGAUUCAAACACCGGCUGAUCCCAGAUCUGCAGCGGGUCAGAGCCCAUUCACACGAGCAUAAAAACAGAGAACUGGGAAUAAUCUGAUAAUUGACGUGUUUACAUGCACUAAAGAAAUGCGAUAAUUGAUAAAUUCUGGUUUAGACGCUCCGGUCUAUUAUUGGAUUCAGAGUUCGUACGUACGUAGCGAUGGUAGAAUCAAACUUCCUGUUACUGUCUUCUGCUUACGUUUGACUACAUAACAUCUGUUUUCUACAAUUUUAUUUGUUUUUACACAUGCGCAGAUGUAACAGAACUAAAUGAAUCAGAUGAACCUGUAUACAUGCAGGAAGACAUCAGAGUAUUGGGGAUAAAUCCAGGUGUGUUAAUCUGAUUUAUUAUAAUCAGAUUAUACUGUUUACAUGAUCACUUCAAUAAUCUGAUAACCCCAGAAAUUAGAUAGUGAUGGUAGUUUCAGUGUGGAUGUAAACAGGCUCAUCAUCUUCUGAAAACACAAACACAGACUGAAAUGAUUCACUUAGACUCUCACAGAACUGUUUACACGUUCAGCAAAUACAGCGAUCUGAUGUGAUGUGUUUACACGAGCCACGCAUUUGAUCAGACCAAAACCUGGACAAAGUGUUUCCACCUCAUGUGAAGAGUCGCAUAAACUGGAAAAAGAACAGGUUUAGGUUUUUCAAACAUCCAGGAGUGUUUGGUUUGGUUGAUGGUCGGUGGAUUCUGUCUGUUUUCACCUAUUAUGACCCUGCCCCCUGAAGGGGAGGCAAGGGGUGUUGUUUUUGGUUCAGUUUGUUUGUAUGUUUGUUGACACUAGCAACAAAACUAUUGGUUGAAUUCAUAUCAAAUUUGGUUUGUAGAUUGCCGGUGAUUCAGAAUAGAUGUGAAUACAUUUGGGAAAAAAUAGAUCAAAGUUUAAAAAUUUUUAUCGGCUAAAAUUUCCUUAGGGGGUCAAAUGAGCGGCCAUUUUUGU